AUUCUAACCAAAAAAACUUGCAAGAUGUUUGAAUCGAAAAGCAAAUACAAAGUAAACGAUCACCCCUAUCUGGUGUCAACAUGCUAUUUCAAAGGACGCGACUAUCUUGUCAAAAUGAAUGUAUCUAACAAAAAAGCACUGGAGAUAAAAGUAACUGACAAGCACACCAUGGAGGACUGGUUUUGUAGCUACGAUGCAUCUUACAUUGAAAACCUCACACGAAAAACUGGGAACUAUAAGCAAUUCUCCAUAUUUGUUGCCAUGCUUAAGUCUGGAUUAAUGAAAACAAGCGAGAGCGUUUCUUUAGAUUUGCUGACUUUCAACGACCUUGAAAUUCUGACAACGAAACGAAUCAUGAGUCAUACAAUACCUAAUCACCCUGACAACACUUCACCUACAACCGCCUCUAAUAGACGAUAUUUAAUACUGAUUUAUACUGUGGAAUUUGACAGAGUGCACUACCCUCUUCCCAUGGAGUAUUGUGGACCACCGGAUUCUCAGAUGCUGUUGGCCACAAUUCGGAGACUUGAACAAGAGGUCAACCAACUUCACGGUCAAUUGGAGAAGAGUACAGGUCACGAAGAGCUUACUAUUCAAAUCUCCAAUCUCGAGAAAAGAGUUGUCGAAGCGAAUCAGGAAAAUGAUAAGCUAAGAAAGGAAGUUUCAAGACUGAAUGAUCAGCUGGCUGCAAAAAAUAAAGUUCCUCCAAAAUUUGUGGAAGCUUUUCAGAAUAGCAUCCUGAAGCUUGAAGAACAGGUCAAACAACAGAGGCUUGCAAUGAAGCAACAUUUGGACCAAUUCCAGAGUGAUAGAGCUAAACUCAAUGCACAGGUGGAAGAAUAUAAAAAUAUUGAAAAGAAUUUGCUACAAGAGUUGGAGAGUUUGCAAAAAAGACAAAGACCUCCAGAGAAAGAGAAGGAAACACGUCAGUCAAGAUUUGAAUCGUUCAAUAAACGGACCCAAAGAAAUUCAGUGGACAACCAACCAUGUAUUUCAACCCAGCGUAAAGCUACACUAUUCGAUGGUUGCCCUAGAAGAAUAAAUGAGCCGAGAAACGUAUCAUCUAGACGCUCUAGGAGACGAUCGAGCUCUUCAGAUUCCAGCCUUGGACGAAGAUCUAAGAGAGGAACUUCUCCUAAACGUUUACUAAAGGAUAAAAGUUCUUCAAUUGAAUCGAUGCACGAAAAAGAAAAAGGAAAUUAUAUCCAUCGAAAGGGAUGCAGCCCAAGUGGGGAUUAUUCUAGCUGUUCCAGCUCUAGUACUUAUAUUAAAUCGAAAAAGAAUAUUAAAAAGUUGCCGAAGAAAAGCACAAAAGAUUCAGGGAACGACAUCAAAAUAACUGAACUAGAGAAGCGUGUCAACGCUCUUCAAAAGCUUUUGGAGAAGGAUUUUUCACUUUCAUAGAAAAAUUGGGUUGAGAGAUGUUGAAUUAAAAAUAAUAAUUCCACUUCUAGUUUUUAAACUAGUUCCGUGUUGAAUUAAUUUGGAUAAUUUAUGAUACUUACAUUCAACUUUUAUAAAGCCUUUUGGAUCCAGAGUUUCAACAAAACAAUAAAAAAUUACCACACCUGAAUAUUCAUAAUAUAUAUUUAUCAAAUGAUACAUGAAUCUCAUAGAAUUAUUGUGUAGGAUCUGAUUCAUUGG